UUUUGAGCUUGAGCGCGUGCGGAUUCUCUCCUCUUCAAGUGAUCCGAAGGAACGGAACGCUCCCUCCUCGUGCGUAGCGCACGAGAUCAGUAAACAUGGUGCUUUUGCACGUGUUGUUCGAGCAUGCAGCUGGAUAUGCGUUAUUCGCUGUUAAAGAAGUGGAGGACAUUGGGAUGCUUCUACCUCAGGUGGAGCAAAGUGUCCUAAACCUUGGCAAAUUCAGUAGCGUGAUCAAACUGAGUGCAUUCUUCCCCUUUAAAUCCGCCCAGGGUGCACUGGAAAACAUCAAUGCCGUCUCAGAAGGAGUUGUCCAUGCGGAUCUCAAGUUGUUCUUGGAGACCAACCUUCCGUCCGGAGGUAAAAAGAAGGCAAUGUUGGGGGUUUCGGAUGCUAAACUUGGAGCGGCGCUUCAAGAAGAGCUCAAUCUGUCCAUUCAGACUGGAGGCGUUGUAGCUGAAAUCAUAAGAGGUGUGCGUCUGCACUUCCAUUCACUGGUCAAGGGACUCACCGCUCUGGCUGCGUCCAAAGCUCAGCUGGGUUUGGGUCACAGCUACUCCAGAGCCAAAGUCAAGUUCAAUGUCAACAGGGCAGACAACAUGAUCAUCCAGUCCAUCGCCCUCCUCGAUCAGCUGGACAAAGACAUCAACACGUUCUCCAUGCGUGUGCGUGAAUGGUACGGCUACCACUUCCCAGAACUGAUAAAGAUAGUGAACGAUAACAGUAUGUACUGUAAGCUGGCCAAGUUGAUCGGGAACAGGAAGGAACUGACUGAGGAGAUGCUGCAAGCUAUAGAGGAGAUCACAAUGGACAGUGGCAAAGCUCAGGCUAUCCUCGAUGCGUCCCGCAGCUCUAUGGGUAUGGAUAUCUCUCCUAUUGACUUGAUCAACAUUGAGAGUUUCUCCUGCCGUGUAGUGUCUCUCACAGCGUACAGACAGGGACUGCAAGAGUAUUUGCGAUCUAAAAUGGGCCAGGUGGCACCAAAUCUUGCGGCUCUCAUUGGUGAAGUGGUUGGUGCUCGUCUAAUCUCUCACGCCGGCAGUCUGACAAACCUAGCCAAAUAUCCGGCCUCCACCGUGCAGAUUCUGGGGGCAGAGAAGGCCCUGUUCAGGGCGCUGAAGACCAAAGGAAACACGCCAAAGUACGGUCUCAUUUUCCAUUCAACGUUCAUCGGGCGUGCAGCUGCCAAGAACAAGGGUCGUAUCUCUCGUUACCUGGCCAACAAGUGUACCAUUGCAUCACGCAUUGACUGCUUUUCUGAGGUUCCCACUAGUGUGUUCGGUGACAAGCUGCGUGACCAGGUUGAAGAACGUCUGGCAUUCUAUGAGACCGGAGACGCGCCACGUAAGAACCUGGACGUCAUGAAAGAAGCUGUUGCACAGGCUAGUGAGGUAGCUGCCGAAAUCCAGCGCAAGCUCGAAAAGAAGGAAAAGAAGAAAAAGAAGCGUGAGAAGAGGAAACUAGAAGCGCUCUCCACAGCUGAAGGAGAUGACGAGGAAAAAGCCAACGGCGAGGCUGAGGUACAUCACAAGUAGCAUGACUAUACUAGAGGCGGAACCUUCUUGUGGAGCCGUCUUAUAUGUUUCAUGCUAAAGCAAAGCUCCUCCGACCAUUGACAAGCCCGACUCUGUGGGUUUGAUCACUGAAGAAAACGGGGACGUCAUAAAGAAGAAAAAUAAAAAGCAGGUGGCUGAGGAGGACAAAGAGGUCUUG